AAAUUAUUAAGGAUUGAAUAAAAUGUGAACACACCCAAGUUUCAACAGAAACUUGGCACAGAUUUAUUACUUCUGCUUAGUAAUUACACUUGAGAUCAUCACAUCAGAUGACUUAGUCAGAACAGUGGGCCGGCCUCGGUGUCAGCUUCAAAUCAAUGUGGAUUAAUUUUGCGUGCAGGAAAUCAAACAGUGAGUACACUUGAGAUAUGGCAUCAACUGUGCAGGACACCAAACAGUAUGGACAGAGGAAGUUUAACAGGAGGAUGACUGGGAUUAAGUGGGUCCUGUUGGUGCUGGUCCUGACCUUUCUGAGUCCUGCAAGAGGAGACGAUAUUCAGGUCUCCUGUGUUUUCAUGGAGAGCUGCAUCUUACCGUGCAGUUUUCCGCCUGGUGAUGAAGUGGUCAUCCACUGGUAUGAGAUGACAAAAGAAACUCUGGCUCAUUCCUACUAUCACAACCAGGACCAGCUUGGACUCCAGGACCAGCACUUCAGAGGCAGGACGUCGCUGUUCCAGGACCAGAUCUCCAGAGGAAACGCCUCGCUCUGGUUGACAGGGGUGGAGGUUCAGGACCAGGGAAGAUACAAGUGCUACACCAGCACCAUCACUGGCAACAAGGAGUUAUUUAUCAACCUAAAUGUGGACGGGGAUUCAAUCACUGUUAUUGCACGCCGUGUAUUUGCAGUACUUGAGUUUGUAGCAGUAGUCGGCAUGGCCUGUUGCUGUAAAAAGAAAAAAGACAAGACAACCAGACAAGGCCUGAAGAAUGUUUCAUGUCAACAAAGGUCAAACACUGAUGAAACACAAGGUGAAACUGGACAGCCACUGAGGGAAGAGGUGGAAAUGGAGCCCCUCAAUGGAGAGAAAACUGAAGAGAAGAAGAACAAAAACAACAAGAAUACAAAGUUUUAAAUGCACAAGCAGCGGAAACAGAUGGAUUAACUAACUAAAUAACUAAUUACCAACAUAAAUUGGAUUAAUAAAUGCAACCACUCACCUUGUUUCACCUUCUCCUAAAUCAGAAAGGCCCGCCGUGUCGCCUUCACGCUA